AUGGCAACUCCAGCUUCCACUGCGAUUACUGGACAAAUUGAUCGUUUCGUCUCAGAUUCUUUCUCAAAGCAUUUAAACUUGAUGCGUACUGAGUCGACAUCCUCAAGUUCGUCUUUGGAUAGUCCUCGUUCGUCUUCUCCAUUUUCCGAUCAUGAUUCGUCCUCCUCCGCCUCCAAUUCAGAACUUGAGUUGGAUUUGCUGGACCCUUCCACUUAUGUCUGUUUCCCUUCCCUCGCUUCUGCUUCGUCCAUAGUGCCGGUCGAACACUUAGCUCACAUUUUGAGCCAUUUGUUCGACUUGCAUGCUGUCGAUGGAGUGUUGGGUUUGGUUUUGGCUGACGACAAAAAUUUCACCACCAAAGAAGAAAUGGACGGGGUUAAGUACUCUGUUUCGAAAAGCAAUUCAACAACACACAAGCCUGUUACCGAAUUCGAAAUCUGUACACUCAGAGCUCCUGCCAACCACGCCAUUCUUCUGAAUGUUUUCUCCCUCGCAGGGCUACGCUCUAUCGUUUCUUUCCCAUCCUCGAAACCGAAUGCUUAUACCUACAUCCUUGAACGACCACCUGUCGUUUUCCCUUCGAUGUCUCAUACGCCUUCGUAUGAACCUGCUUACGUUUCUAAGCGCUCUUCCUUCUCCAAAACAAGUGUUGACAGCACUCCAAAUAUCCCGACCUUGGCUGAAUGGAACACCCUCUGGUCUGCUUGGGAUCUCGUUACCCUUCGUAUGAUUCCCUCCGAAAUGUUAUUACAGAAACCAAUCGACUUGAGGCACAAGUGUCUCUUCUACAUCGGACAUAUUCCUACAUUUUUGGAUAUGCUUAUUUCAAAGGCGGUCGGUGGAGAGCCGACCGAGCCGAAGUAUUUCUGGAACAUUUUUGAGCGAGGAAUUGAUCCGCAUGUCGACGAUCCGGACCAUUGCCACAACCAUUCGGUCGUUCCCGAAUCCGAUUCUGACUGGCCUUCCCUCUCCACCAUCAUCCAUUUUCGUGACGGGGUUCGUUCGCGUCUAGAAAACCUUUAUGCUGAACUGGAUAGCGGAGAGCGAGUGCUUACCAGACGGAUAGCCCGGAUGUUGGUCAUGUGCAUCGAGCACGAGGGAUGGCAUGUCGAGACGCUAUUGUACAUGCUGAUACAACGCUCCCCCGGAGCCCUCCCUUCCAAUCUUCCUACUACGUUGCUCCCUCCAGGAUUCGCUCUACCUCCUUGGGAUUCGCUUGCUGCUCAGUGGGACACUACUUGGGCUUCAUUCAAUAUCCUCGAAUCUGAUUCCGAUGUCAAAAGCAAGACCAUCUUGCUCGGCCCAGCAACAGUCGUGUUGGGACACAACGACAGCGAAGGCGACGACCCUCAUUUCGAGGGAGGUAACACGGAAGAAGUCAUCAACCAUGAAUACGGCUGGGACAACGAGUCCCCUUCUCGCUCCCUCGCGGUAGGCAAAUUCAAAGCUGAAUUGCGACCAGUAAGCAACGGCGAAUUCGCCCAAUACUGGCGACGAGGCAAAGGCAAAGUCCCCGCGCCAAAAAGUUGGAUCAUAACCGACGACGAAACAACAGGUAAAUCCGAAAUUCAAGUGCGCACCAUCUACGGCCCCGUCCCUCUCCGAAUCGCACAUACAUGGCCCGUACUGACUGCAUACGAUGAUUUGGAGGCCUACGCAAACUCCAAAGGGGGGAGAAUGCCGACAGAGGGAGAACUGAGGCUGUUUUUGGAUACGUUUGAGGUUGGAUAUGAAGGUGGAGGAAAUUCCGGAUUCAGGAAUUGGCAUCCCGUAUGCCCAACCGCAGGCUCUGCGUCGCCUUCUAGUAAAGGAACUAAUGGUGGGAUUUGGGAGUGGACUUCGACACCUUUCCAAGGUCACGCAGGAUUUGUCGGUACGAAUCUGUUCACGGGGUAUUCAGAGGAUUUCUGGGAUGGGAAACAUCAUGUUGUUCUCGGAGCGUCCUACGCCACAAUUCCACGCCUUUCCUCUCGGAGGACUCUUGUCCUAGUGCAGACUCUCGUCCGCUCUCAUCCGACUCUAUUCAUGCCAUCGAUGGAAUCCCUCCCGUGUUAUACGUCUUCCCCUCCCCCGUUCUACUCGGAGCGAGUAAACGAAGGGGAGGAAGUUCUGGCCGCUACUCGCGUUUAUCAAACACCUACAGGAUCUUUUACCGCACGGUGUCACUGCGGUGAUUUGGUAGUAACGGUGAAGGAGCAAAACGAGGACAUUGAAAUUCCCCUCUACCAUCAGCGAGGCCUUAUAUUGGGAACAUUCUCACAUAAAGAUACAGAGAAUUUUUUGCAGGUGAUUUUAAAGGUCGAAGGCAAGCUCAAGCUCAGUGUUUUCGGCAAGAAUUCAGCUUCGGUUUCUAUCAAACUCGUCGAUGAAAGUUACGAGCUGUGGUCCAAGAAACGUGACGGCGCAAAGUGUCCAGGUGCAAUCGACUUUGCAACCGUACUUCCAUCUACAUUCAAGGAAGGGAACACUGAAUUCCCACUCCCCCCCUCGCAUAAAAUAUCUCUUGCUGGACUUCCUGGUCUAUAUUCUGAAUGCUCUUAUGCCAUGAAAGUGAGCAUGUUAGUUCGCAGCCCACUUUGGAAUAGGACUAGAACAUUCUCCAUUCCUUUCAAAUAUUGGCCUCGAGAACGGCCCUCAAUGCCUCUCAUCUCGUACACAAGUGUUCCCCCGGGAUGCGAGUUAUUCCGGCAGACAAUCAAAACUGCACCGGAAGUCUGGGUCGAAAAAAGCUCCACCUUGCACACUCGACCUUCUCUAAAGCUGGACCCCAUCGAAGUCCAGCCCAUCUUCGAACAGUUUUUUGUACCAUCAGAGCGAAAAUUUGGACUGGUUGACAAAAUACCUUUCCACGUCCAACUUACUGGAUCCGAAUCUUCACUACUCAAAUUGUACUCACAUCUUUUAACCGAGCAGUCUUCGUCAUCUUCCGCGCUACCCGUGCGACCGCGAGUGUUUAAUCCAGAUUCCGAACGUUUUCUCUCUUUGAAUGUCACGCUGAACCGUCAGGUCUGUGUAGACGUCAGAAAUCAAGCCGUCUGGAGAAACUUCGUCAUCGGUGAAGGGCGAGUCCAUCCUCUUCCUCCCCACUUUGAGCCAGACAGUAAUACACAAAAGGCCUCCGGUAAAAUCGAUUCAGAGUCUAUUGCACGAUCUGUGCGCGAUGCAGGGAGGACGGGAUACCUUGAUGUCGUAGGCGAUAUAAAAUGUUCACCAGAAGUGGAACACGGUUCCUUCGAUGUCGGAAGGGUGAAGGCACAGGCAAGCUAA